CACGUGGAUAACAGAACUCAGCAUAAGAGGAUUUAAAUAACUUGAUAACAAGAACCACAGAAACCGCGAUGAAGGGGAAAGAGAAGCAGCGGCGGGACGUGAAAGUCUCAGAGAAGAAGAAUAUGGCGGCGAGCAGCAGCAGCAGCGGGGAUGAAGACUCUGACGUGGAGAGGAACUUCGCCCUGCUCACUGAAAGAGGAAGAGUAGCUGAGGUGGGGGAGCCGCACCACGGAGGAGAAGAAGAAGAAGAAGUCAGUGAGGAGGACGAAGAGGAAGAGGGGUCCGAUGGCGGUGCUGAGGAGGAGGAGGAGGAGGAGGAGGAGGGAGGCGAGGAGGGAUCGGAUGGUGGUGAGGAAGAAGAGGAGGACGAAGACAGUGAAGCCUCCGAGGAAGAUGUCGAUGAAGGUCCAGAGGUGGCCGGCGGUAGCAGCGAGGUCCAGAUGAGAGACGACAUGAAGAAAGAACUCUCCAUCAUGUCCUUCGAGGAAGUCAUGAAGCUGCAGAACCAAGUGGGAACCAAAGUUUACAACGAGGUGGCGUACGGCAGCAACAAGACUCAGGCCUCCAGCAGAAAGAAGCGACUGAACAAGAACAGGCCGAUGGAGAUUUCAGCCAAGAGACGAGCUCCGUUCCUCCGUCAGGUCGUCUCCGUCAGGAAGCCGACGUCGAGAGAUCCUCGAUUUGACGACCUGUCUGGAGAAUACAAACCUGAGAUUUUUGAGAAGACGUUUAAAUUCAUCAAUGACAUCAAACAGAGAGAGAGAGAGAUCGUCCAGAAGCAGCUGAAGAAGACGAAGAAGAGCAACGUCCAGAAGAAGGAGAAACUCGAGUUCCUUCUGAAGAGGAUGGACAACCAGGAGCGAGCGAGGAAGAACCGAGAGCAGCAGAGAGAGAGAGAGCUGCAGUUCAAGAGGCAGCAGAGAGAGCGAGCCAAUCAGGGCGCACGACCGUUCUUCCUCAAGAACUCUGACAAGAAGAAGCUGCAGCUGGCCGAGAAAUACCAGGAGCUGAAGAAGAGCGGCAAACUGGAGAGCUUCCUGGGCAAGAAGAGGAAGAGGAACGCUGGAAAGGACCGCAGGAAGCUGCCCAGACAGCUGGAGAACAAGAACGUUCAGUGACUCAAAAACACCUGAAGAAGAAGAAGCUGGACGGAAAUAAAGAGACUGUAACGACCCGUCUCAGCCUGCUGGUGGAGCUGUGCUCUGUUUGUUCAUGAUGUCGGAUGAAGGACUGAGUUCAUCUCUGGCGUCACAUUUAUUUCACUGUAAAGUUAAAUAUCUUUUAUUGUGAAAUAUUUCUGGUGCAUUCAACGAUGCUCGGACAUCCGAACAUUCACAUUUUUAAAAGCAUCGUAAGUCCCUUCGACGUUGAGGACGGACACUUUUUGUGGGACUUUCCAGCGCUUCUCACGGUCACAAUCUGGGUUGUUGAGAGUCCACGAACGCACCAUCAGUGAGUUUUACUCGGUCUCUGUGAGUCGCGGCCCAAAUAAAAUAACCGAACAUCGACUGAUCGAUUUUCUGUCUGAAGAAAUGAACCGAACUAUCCGAAGCUGGUGGUUGUUUUCCUGCAGAUGAAUUCUGGUCCGUUUGUGCUGUGAGCAAGUAGACGUUUUAUCAGUCUGUUCCUUUAAUGUAGUUUUUCACAGAAUUUCCAAGUUAGAACUUCAGUUGAGUGUCCGUGUAGUCACAUCUGUACAGAUGUCAUGAGAUCACUGGAAACAUCUGCUUCUCCUCAGAAACUCUGACUUAUGUUUAACUCGCCUUU